AUGGAUCUUGGCUACAAUUUUUUGUCUGGUACUAUUCCAACUUGGUUUGGACAAAGCUUUCCAUUUCUAAGAAUUCUAAUUUUGAGGUCUAAUGCAUUUUAUGGAGAAUUGUCACUUGACUUUUCAAAACUAGAUUCUCUACAAAUCCUUGACCUUGCUAGAAAUGACUUGAGUGGGAACAUUCCAGCUAGCUUGAGUUAUCUGAAAGCAAUAGCCCAAGUGCAGAAGAAAAACAAGUAUUUACUGUAUGGAAAAUUUGAAGAACACUACUAUGAAGAAAGCUUAGAUGUAAUUGUAUGGUUUGGUGGUUCUCAACUUGUCAACAAACCAUAUAACUGGCCAAAUAUGCUUCAACUAUCCUCUCUUGAUCUCUCAAACAACAAACUUACUGGAACAAUUCCUUCAAGUUUGUCUUCCUUGUCAUUUUUGGGGUCCCUAGAUUUGUCCAAUAACAACCUCAGGGGUGUCAUUCCUUAUACAGGUCAUAUGACAACCUUUGAUGCUUUAACUUUUACUGGGAAUCCUGGUCUUUGUGGUCCUCCACUCCCUGUGAAGUGUUCGGGUGAUGAUGACAACAGACAUAGUACUAAUAAUGAUACAAAUGGUGAAGGUUUGUUUGAUAACUGGUCUUACUUGAGCCUUGGUUUGGGGUUUGCAACAGGUAUUCUUGUUCCUUAUCUCAUUAUAACAAUCAAGAGUUCUUGGGGAGAUGUAUAUUUUGAUUUUGUGGAUCAAAUUAUUUACAAAUUACUGAGGUUAACACGCAGACAAGGAAAAGAUAGGAGAAAGAUACAUCAGAGGCAAUAG